AUGCGCUCCACAACCUCGCUCGCCAUCCUCUUCGCCGGCGUCGCAGCAUGCCGCGACGUCCCCUCCAACCUCAAAUCCUUCUAUGAGUCCCACAAGGACGUCGACUGCGCCAACCCUAUCUCCAUCGAGUACUCCUCCGGCCAAGGCGACGCUGACACCGUCUACUGCAAAGACGACGCUUCAAGCGCCGUGUUCCUCAAGGACACCUCCAACGGCUACGCGGACGCUGACAUCGACUGCGACGGCUCUGGCAUGGGCACCGGCGACUGCGGUGAUGACCCCAGCGGCCAGUCUAUGACCGCUUUCAAGGACCUUGUGCAGGAGUACUCGGGUGGCGCGGUGGACGAUUUGAACACGCAUAUCCACAACUUCGUGGUUCUGGGUAACGAUAACAGCGCUGACGAGGGCGACGGUGGCGAAAAGUUCGAUCCCACUGGCGACGCGGAUAUCCAGCCAUUGAGUGUCGUUGCCGUCGUAUGCGGCGACAAGCUCGUGUACGGCGUGUGGGGCGAUGUCAACGGUGGAAAGGUUACCGGCGAGACGUCCCUGAGCCUGGCGAAGCAGUGCUUCCCUGAUGAGGGCUUGAGCGGAAACGCCGGGCACGGAGAUCAUGAUGUACUGUACUUGGCGUUCCCAGGUGAGGAUGCGGUCGCGAAGGAUGUGAACUGGAGUGCAGGCACGGCGGAGGAGUUCGAAGCCAGUUUGGCGACGAUUGGUGACGAGCUUGUGAAGAAGGUUGCCGCUGGGCAGGCGAAGAGCAGAGUAAUGCGUGCUAUUUUGUAG